AUGCAGCUUUCGGUCCCUUCGCAAAACGAUUAUGAGCACAUUGUGUCAAGAUUCCUAAAAGACAUAGGAUAUUUCAAACCAUCGAUCACUCCGGAUUUGUCCCUGGAGAAACCGGUCACCUCCUACUUUGGUUCGCAGCCUUGGGAACCUUUGAUCAAAGACCAAGCCGUCAAACGGGCGAAAAGGUCUGCUGUUGAACUGGGGAUGAUUUACCCAUUUGUCUCCAAGGAACACAAAAUCGCCUGUAGCAUUUUCAUCACCUAUGUGUUCUUAAUCGACGACUGCGAGUCAGGCCUCAUUCCAGGCCUCGAAGAGUUCGAAACACGGUUGAUCCAGGGGAAACCGCAGGAGUCGCCUGUCCUAACCUCGAUGCUUGAAUUCCUCGGUAAGAUGGGCACGCUUUUCGGGUCCUAUGGCAGAAUCAUAAUCUCCAAGAGCAUGGUGGAGUUCAUCGGUGGACGACUGGUCGAGAACCGCUAUGAGGGAUCGAUGGUGCCCCCGGUUGGAGCACUGCGAUUUCCUCAGUAUUUUCGUCGAAAGGCCAGCAUUGCGGACCCCUUCGCUCACUUUGCCUUCCCCCAGCAGCUCUAUCCAGAAGAAGUCUUCUUGGAGGAGUAUCUCCCGAUUCUUCCGGACGCCGCCGAUUUCGUCAGUUUUUCCAACGAUAUUAUAUCCUUUUACAAGGAAACCAUGACGGGGGUUGAGGACCUAAAUUACAUUUGUAAUUUCGCCCACGUCCGCCAGAUUAGUCUGCUGGAGGCACUGCGGAUCACCAGUGAGAAGGCGGUUCAGUGUGUGCGCAACAUUCGAGCUGUUCUAUCCAAGUCAAAGUAUCCCGAGCUCCUGGAUACAACCGAUUUAUUCCUCCAGUCCUAUGUGGCGUGCCAUUUCAAUUUACCACGUUAUAAGCUUGGGGAACUGGACAUUCGUGUGUAG